AUGUCGCGGAUACACGAGUCACUGCUGUUCUUCUCCUUGUUCCGCUAUAUUACGGUAGCUUUCCUGACCUUAAGUGCUCUUGACACAAGCAAUUCUCUUGUUGUGCAAGACGCGCAGACCGAUAUACUACACCGACUGCACAAUGAGGUGGCACAGUUACAUAAACCGACGAGCGCAAGAUCUGUGGACGUCUUGACGGCGAUCAUAAUGUAUGGCCUCAGCACAAAUUGGGAUGGUUCCAAUAGCCCCAGUAUCUUUCACUAUAAUGCAGCGGUUUGGUUGUAUCUGCAAACAUAUUCAGAUGGGAUACGACAUCCGGGACCAGACUCCCAUCAGGAGUUCUUGCUUCAUUCGCUAACGUACUGGUGGAUGGGUCUUGCGUUCGUGACGGACGUUACUCAGGAGUGUCUGUUGGAAACGCCGGCCAUCAAGGCUGGCAGCAAUGACGGCGGCGAGACCACAAAUCCGCCCAAAAGAAACCCGCAUCCCCUGGCUGGCGUCUCCCCAGAGGCUCAAAGACUUCUUGGGCAGAACGACUUCGAGGCCGUUCAAAGAGCGUGGAUCUUGGAAGAAGAAGCAUUAUCACUUGUGUUGCCCAAGGCCGACACCUUCGUCGAAACUAAUGAUUUGGACACUCCCAUGCAAGAUCUAGUCAAUGCCGCAGAGGUUUAUCAACUUUCAGCCCUCGUGUUAUUGUAUCGAGCAUUCCCCGAUCUACUCAACGCCCGAUUACGUCUCAACGAAGAUACGUCUGAUGCCGCCCAGUUCGCAAACAAGCGUCGAUUGACGUGGGUGACGGCGCUAUCUAUUCACGCCCUCGACAUUCUGUGUCAAAACGCACAUCGAUCUGGCACCCGCAGUAUCGAGCAAAUUCUUUUGGUCAUCAUUGCCGGAGAGCUCCGAAAGGAUACGUCUUUGCGCAUCUCUUACGUGACGGAGGACGGAGAGAAUUCAACACUUGAAUCACCGAUAGCGGAAGCUGAUUCACCUCCCAGCGGGCCAGCAAGUUCCUUUGAUCAUUUUUCGGCCCAACACGUCUUAUCAUCCCUUGAAUCCCUUCAGGCCGCCAGUCCCGGUUCAGCGAUCACUAAAGCUCGCCCGACUGUCCUCGAGCGCCUUCAGGCAAUCCAUGAAAUUUUGCCAUACAGAUCGGUUGAACUUGUGCAAGAGCUGGUGCUGAAGACAUGGAGAACAAGUGAUAAUGAUAAUCCUGAAGUCUUCUGGAUGGAUAUCAUGAUUGAGAAUGGAUGGAAAUUUCUGAUGGUGUGA